CCUAAAAUAUGUUUAAUAAAAUACAAGAAUAUGAAUAAAAACGAUAUAAUCAUUAAGUUAAUAGAAGCAGUUAAAAAACAUGAUUGUUUUUAUAAUGUGCGAUCUGCUCAAUAUAAACAAUUCGCAUAUAAGGAACAAUUGUGGAAAAAUAUUGGCAAAGAUAUUGGCAUUGGCAGCGGUAAUGAAACCAAGAAAAAAUGGAAGAAUCUUAAGGAUAAUUACAGAAAAUAUAAACAAUCAAGAGCGGCUGGAGGUGGAAUUCGUAGACAAUAUAAAUAUGCAGAAGCUUUGAAAUUUCUGGAUAAUUUUCCGGGAUCUUUGUGUAGAUACAAAACUAUCAUUCCCAUCUCAGUUGAUGCUGAGGUAAGCACGGAUCUAUCCAGCGAUGAUGAAUACCAACAACAAACAAAAGAAACAAAACCUUAUUUAGAAAAUUCACUUGAUGAGAUGCAAGGAUUUUCGGAUGCAUCAUCUGUAAACAAUGCAAAAACCGCACCUGCAAAUAUAGAUACCAGUACAACUCAGAUCUUAAGCAAAACAGAAAUUAACGAUGAAAACUUAACAACACAACAGAAAACUAGUGACACUGAAUGUCCACUUAGUCCCAUGUCUUCAGAAGAACUAGUAAAAGGAAACGAUUUACAUGAGAAAUUAAUAGAUGAAGUUAAAAAAUAUGACUGUUUUUACAAUAUGCAGUCUAUGGAAUACAAAGAUUAUAAUUAUAAGAAAUAUUUAUUUCACAAAAUAGGAAAAAGAGUCGGUUUAACAGCUAAUGACGCGAACAGGAAAUGGAGGAAUUUAAAGGAUAGUUAUCGAAAAUAUAAGAUAAGAACAAUUAGUGAAAACGGAUUCGUUAAAAAAUAUAAAUAUGCUGACUCUUUAAGAUUUCUUGACGAUUUUUAUGUAUACCGACCAUCUAAAAGUAUAGUAGUUCCUGAGCCUGAGGUAAGCACCGAUUUGUCAAGUGAUGGUGACGGUGAUAUGCUAUACGUACCUUCAUCAAACCGGAAAAAAGAAAGAUUUAAAGAAAUGAAUGAAAUUUCGGAGGCAUCAUCUACAGAAAACUGUGAAUCUGGAAUGAACAAUCCAACUAUGACAUCCCGUUUGUUUAUGGUUUUAGCAAAUAAAAUAAAUGAAGCGGAUUUAACAUCACAACAGAAAAAUGCCCUCGAAUUUGGAGUUAGUUCUUAUGUAUAUUCAAAAUUAGCGGAGUACAAUAAAAAAUAAAGAUGAAAUUUAAAUUUUUUAAAAAUACA